UUUGAGAAUAUAGUGCCGAGGCGUUCACAAACUAGGGCACGCAAAUCAUUCCAUCAUCAUUCAUCUGUCACGCAAAUCGAAUCCUCUUCACUCAAAUGGCGACCACAGCAUCAACCACCACUACGACGGCGACCGACGAUCGUCCUGCGAACACCCUAGACACGGUUCCCACCACAACAACCGAGAAACAACCGCCAGCUUCGUCCGCUGACAAGAAAGACGUCGAUUCAGGAGAAACAAAGUCCAAUUCUACAACAGAUCCGGUGACGGUUGCGGCGGAUAGCAACAACGAAGACGGUGGUUCAGUUACCGAUACUCAGAGGAAGAUUCGUCGUGCGGAGCGUUUUGGUAUGCCGGUAAAGCUGUCUGAAGAAGAAAAGCGGAAUUCUCGUGCUGAGAGGUUUGGAACGACACCCGGGCCACAAGGAUCAGAUGGCACAAAGAAAGCGGAGGAGCUAAAAAGGAAGGCUAGAGCAGAGAGAUUUGGUAUCACUAAGUCAACACCUACCGAGGAAGAGGAGAAAAAGAAGGCUAGACUUUCUAGGUUUGGAUCAACUCCUAGUGCUGAUCCUCUAGAAGAAGAGAAAAAGAAAGCAAGGGCACUCAGGUUUUCAGGAACAUCAGUGACUGGCAAUGGAAAAAUUGAACCAAAGGCAACCGUUGCUGGCAAGGCAGGGGGAGAGGCUUGAGCCUUGUACUUUGUCCUUUUUCUAUUAUGGUGCUUCCUCAUGUAUCAAGUGCGGUGAGAAUGGAUAAAAGCUGGUGUGCCCAACUUAAUUUUUAGCAAUCUCUUUGUGUCGCCUAAACUAAAAUAGGAUGUAUUAAUUAAUAUUAAUGAAAUAGCAAUGGGGUUAGAUCGUAGAAUAUCAUAAUUUAACAAGAACUAACUAGUACUUAAGCUGCGUUCCAUAUUAGUUUCAAACUUUCAUAUCGUCUUUGUCAUGUUCACGCCCUCAUAGUUUUUCAAUAUUAGAUCUUGCAAACCAGUUGCAGUGUUAGUAAAACAUUAAUAAUUGCCGGUCUAGCAUCAUCAUGUCCAUGAUUCUUGGUCAACUAGUUGCAUAUAUUGAGAUAGCAUGAAUCUAUAUGUUUUGCUUACAUCAUCCCAAAUUGUAUGCCCAAUAGCUUAAAGCAUAAUUUGAGUUGCCGUUUGCUAUUUAAUGAUCAAUACAUCUUCAGGUAAUGAUGAUUUCAUAUUAGGGCUGCAUUUUGUUUACACCAAGAAUCAUGGUCAUCUGAUGUUAGGUUGGAAAUUUUACCAUGACAAAAAGAAAAAAAAGACAUUUGUUAUUAUUCAUGUCAAAACUUGCUUUAUAUCUGAUAUUGGUUACUAGGGUAGAAUGAACUAAUUUUAGAGAAGUAGUUAUAUGAAAAAAUUGCUGGUAAAAACUAAAAGGAAAAAGGGCUGGGUUAAUUUGCUAGUAUGGUCAAGAUAGGCGACACAAUGAUAGGAGAUUGCUAUUAAUCUUGUUGGGCUGCUUGUUAUAUCUGUGCAGCGAAGAAGGGAGGGCCAUAAUGUUAAAAGGACAAUGAUUAUGUUCAUGUAUAUUGUAUCGAAUUUAAUACUUGGAUAGGAAAUGAGGGGCAAGACCUUUGAUGUAUUUUUUGACUUUUCAGGGUUGUUUUGAUGUUUAUUUUGAUCAUACUAUCCGCUGCGUAA